AUGGAAGCACGCGCCCAAGAGCACCGCAGAAGAGAUUAUAAGGCCAAAGGCGGUUUCAAGGCAGACGAGCUGCGCCGCCGACGCGAAGAACAGCAAGUUGAGAUCAGACGGCAAAAGCGAGAAGAAAACAUCUCGAAAAGACGCAAUCUCAUCGCCGACACUGGUGCCGACUCCGAUGAGGAGGUUUCAUCCGGCGGAUGGGAGCCCCCAGUACGAACCCUUCAAGUAUUGCACAAGCAAUGUACUAACCUGCUUAUGCAGCUUGCCGAGGAGAUGAUCAGGGAUGUAUUUGGUAACGAUCCGGAGCGGCAGUUGGACGCAACCACCAAGUUCCGCAAAUUACUCUCCAAGGAGAAGAGCCCUCCUAUCGAUCGAGUUAUCGAGUGUGGCGUUGUACCUCGUUUCGUUGAAUUUCUAAAGGGCGGUCAUUCGAUGCUACAGUUUGAGGCCGCAUGGGCGCUCACAAACAUCGCAUCAGGGACCGCCGAUCAUACCCAAGUCGUGAUAAACUCCGGGGCUGUCCCGGAGUUCAUCAAGUUGCUGUCGUCACCGGUUCUUGACGUGCGCGAGCAAGCCGUCUGGGCUCUAGGCAAUAUUGCCGGCGACAGCCCUCAGUGCAGAGAUUACGUUCUCCAGCAAGGCGCCCUUCGUCCUCUGCUCAACUUGCUAAGCGAGAACCACAAGUUGAGCAUGAUGAGGAACGCAACCUGGACCCUGAGUAACUUCUGCCGAGGCAAAUCGCCCCAGCCUGAUUGGGAACUGAUCUCCCCUGCACUCACUGUUCUCACGAAGCUCAUCUACUCUCUUGACGAUGAGAUCCUGAUCGACGCAUGUUGGGCGAUAUCCUAUCUGUCGGAUGGCUCCAAUGACAAGAUCCAAGCCGUCAUCGAAUCUGGUGUUUGCAGACGACUCGUCGAACUCCUGACGCAUCCUUCGACGUCGGUCCAAACUCCCGCGCUGCGUUCAGUGGGCAAUAUUGUAACAGGCGAUGACCUCCAAACUCAGGUAGUCAUCGCUUCCGGAGCGCUUCCUGCACUGUUAUCGCUUCUGUCUUCACCCAAGGAGGGCAUCAGGAAGGAGGCUUGUUGGACCAUCUCCAAUAUCACGGCUGGCUCACCUCCGCAGAUUCAGGCGGUCAUUGACGCAAAUAUCAUCCCGCCGCUCAUCGAUAUUCUCCGUCAUGCUGACUUCAAGACGAAGAAGGAGGCGUGCUGGGCGCUCUCCAACGCAACCUCGGGUGGUCUGCAGGAGCCCUCGCAGAUUCGCUAUCUUGUUUCUCAGGGUUGCAUUGGUCCGCUGUGUGAUCUGUUGCAAAUGAUGGACAACAAGAUCAUUCAGGUCGCCCUGGACGGUCUCGACAACAUACUCAAGGUCGGGGAGAUGGACAAACAGGCGGCCGGACCCGGUGCAGUCAACCAAUAUGCGGUGUUCGUCGAGGAAGCGGGUGGAAUGGUUACCAUCCACAACCUCCAGCAGCACGACAACUUGGAGAUCUACAAGAAGGCUUUCAACAUAAUGGACAAGUAUUUCCCCGAUGAGGAGGAAGAUGCUGGCAUCAGCGCGCCUAAUGUGGACGCUUCAGGUACCUUCGCUUUCCAUUCGGAUGUCAGUGCUCCGCAGGGAGGUUUUACCUUCGGCGGACAACAAUAGGCGGGGUAUCUUGCUCUCAUCCCUCUGUUCUGUUUCUCUUUCCCUGUAUCCCGUAACAUCCGUUACAUCCAUCAUAAGUCAUACGUCCAUCUGCAGUGAAUGCGGUUUCCGA